AUGACAGCAAUGCAGAAGCAGGGUCUCUUCACUCCGGAACCUCACUACAUCCCUGGCUAUGCUGGCUUCUACCCACAGCUGCGAUAUCAGGUGGGCAAUACCUAUGGGCGAGCCACAGCCCAGCUGCUCACGGACCCCAGCGUGCGCAAGAGCCCCUGCUCGGUGCUGUCCCCGAUGUCCACAGCCAAGUUCAUCGAGGACUUCAGCAAGCCCAAGCCACCCUGGGUUCCCUGCAGGGACCUGAUGCAGCCCUACAUCCCACAUUACACGGGUCUCAAACCUCACAAAACCUUUGAGAUUGUGGGCCAGUACCCACCCCAGGAGCUGGCCACCGAGGGGCUGCUGGGGACAGGCAAGAGGUCUAGGCAACGGCCUGCCAACUACAUGCCUUACCCACCCUGCCCACCCUGCCCACCCGGCAGGAAAGAGGACAUCAAAGACUUUGGACACCCAGGCCUGCGGCUGGCAUAUGGGGAGGACUGGCAGAGCCCUCACCCCUUCCAAGACACUCAGUCUAAUGACCUGGUGCUCCCCCACCAGCUAUACCACUACCGGAGGGAUGAAUGCCUGCCCCCACCCCAGGAGGCUGAGACUCUGGACGUGGGCAGGUACCAAAGGCUGCCCCAGCUUGACCACCCCAACCUGAUCCAACGAAAAGCCAUCUCAGGCUACGCGGGCUUUGUGCCCCGGUUCGCCUGGGUGAUGGGGAUGAAUUACCGGGAGGGAGUCACACACGCCAUGGAUGAAUUCGACAGGAACCAGUGCAGCGAGCUCCGCGCGCGGAAGGGCGGGCGCGGGCUCUGGGCGCGCGCUCGUGCCGCGGUGCGGGCUUCCGGCCGGGCGGCCGGCGAGGACAGGCCCCGAGGGGGUCAAGGCAAGCCCGUCUCAGGGCGGAGGCCGAGGAAGAUUCCGGCCGCGGCGAGCGGCGCCCUGUCUCCCGAGCUGCCGCGCGAAGCGUGUCUACUGCCCGAGUCUGGCCGCCGGGCCGCCGUGUGCGCCUUCUCGAGGGCUAGUGCCUCCGGGACUCGGGCCAUUUGGAGUCCGUGCUGUGCGGGGGCCCUGGAAGUAGGGGCCCCGGGGCCCCGGGAGGAGAGCCUCAGAGGGCCGCGGCCACCUGAGAGGCCCCCGCGCGGGCUAGCCCCUGGAGGUCUCCCCGGAGGGAGGGACGCGUUGCUAGUCGCACUAAUAAACAAGGGGCAGGUGCCAAAGCAGCGGUGGCGCCGGGCCGAGGUGCUGGUGGGGGAGGGAACCUUCCGCCGAACCCCCUCCCCCGGUUCCCCUACGGGCAGAGUUGCUCCCGGGGGCCCUGCCCCUGGCCUCUGCGUGGCUGUGUUUGUGGAGACGCUGGCGUGGCGCCCGGUCGUCUUGGCGUCUGUGCCUCAAGAGGUGCGCACUGCACCGGGCUGCCCGGAAACCUGGGCGGUGGCGGGCCGCGGGACCGCCCUCCGUGGCAUGCAAGGGUGA